CGAGAGCAGAUUUGCAUGAAGGGGCCGUUCUCCAGCUCUGGCGCUUUAAGAGAGAACCGGAGGGUCCCAGCCAGGCACCCGUUUGCCUCAGCUAGCCAAGUUCAUCUGGAUCACCCACCAUGGCUUGGGCCCCUCUGCUCCUCACGCUGCUCACUUACUGCAUUGGUAAGGGGUUUCAGUUCCCAGCAGCUCCAGUCGCUGAAGGCAUCUGAGUUAGUGUCUCCUGGAGGGACCGUGACGCUCUCCUGCAGCCUGAGUAGUGGGGCCAUCACUGAUGGCAACUACCCGCUCUGGGUUCAACAGAGACUGGGGAAUGUUCCUCGGCUGAUCAUGCACAGCACGAGUACCAGGCCCUCGGGGAUCCCAGCGCGUUUCACUGGCUCCAGAUCGGGUAACACCAUGUCCUUGACCGUCACGGGGGCCCUAGCGGAGGAUGAUGCUGAUUAUUACUGCUCUGUGUGGACUGGGAGUGCGUGGAUCUUCGGUGGAGGAACCCAGCUGACCGUCCUUGGUCAGUCAAAGGCGUCUCCUACCGUGCACCUCUUCCCUCCAUCCUCGGAAGAGAUCAAAACAAAGAGCAAAGCCACACUGGUGUGUCUGCUGGGCAGCUUUUACCCAGGCUCAGUCCAAGUCACCUGGAAAGCUGACGGCCAGCAGAUCUCCACUGGAGUGGAGACGACCAAGCCAUCCAAACAGAGUGACAACAAGUUCAUGGCCAGCAGUUACCUGUCUCUGGAUGCAUCAAAGUGGAAGACCCAUGAGACCUACACCUGCCAGGUGACACACGAUGGGAAGAGCUUCGAGAAGUCCCUGAAGAGCUCAGAGUGUUCUUAACCCUCUGACCCCCGGAGGGCUCGUCCGGUUCCCGUGUCAGUCUGUAGGGGGUUCCCCAAGAGAGCCAGGAUCUCUCUGUAGCAUUCCCAUAAUGCCGAUUUCCAGAAAAUCUGUUUCCUCUUUUAGGUGGGGGAUUUUACCAAUCCAUAUGACACCUGUCUUUAUUCCCAUGUCCCCACCGCUCUCACCCCCUGCAUUCCCUGGAACUGUCCUUCCUGCUUUAGUCUCUGAUGCAGCUUUGUUAGGAUAUUAAUAAAAUCAGAAAAAUUUGACUAUGUCUGUAUCUGUGAAGAGUUUAACUUCUUCUGUCCCUUUUACAUCUUGUGUAUUAAUUGCAAUAUUCACCUUCUCUUCCAGUAAAAUAAAUUUACCUUUUAUCAGCUAA